UGUAUUUCAGGCUCAGGAACAUAUGGUAGAGAAAUAUUUCCAGGAAGUGGUUCUAGCCGUGGAGAAGAGUUUGAAGCAUGGUGCAAGUGGUCGUGCAAACUAUCUGAAAAAACUACAACACAUAUACAGAGACAUCGUGACUGUCUCUAAAGAAGGAACCAAGCUAGAUCACGGUUCUGCGUGCAGCACUUCAAUGCCCUUUCCAGAGAUCAACUUCCUCUUGUGGAAAGACAAAGAGGAUCUAUGGACUCUGCUGGCAAACUUCGUCGUGAGUUCCUGUAACUCAGCUAGUGUUGAUGACGAAGAGAAGGACAAAAGAGAUUCAGUUCGCGCUGACGACAGUGGGAUCCAGAGAGAUCUGAAGGACAGUGACUUUCAUGACACAGUGAAGUCUCCAGUCAAAAACCCUGUGCCGGCAUUCACACGGAGAAAUGCUUUUAAGGCGUCCAUAAAGAAGAUAAACAAAGUUCAUGGAAGCUCUACCGUCAUUAAAGAAGACACAAGGCAUCACACAGCACGGGUCGUGGUACUGGGAGACGAUCGUGCGAUGGGAAGACUUGCCAGGGCGUAUUACUCGAUUCGAGAAAGAGAGUCAAAACAUCUUAUUUUGACCAAGAAACUGAACCUACGAUUGUACUACAUCCCAGUCACUGAUGUGCAGCCUUCGCUCAGUUCAGCUGUAAGUUACACUGAUUGACUUAGGUAGUCUCAC